UCGAUAACCAUGAGAGGACUGUUGAGACUUGUGUUAGCCAUCAUGAUGUGUACAAUGACAAAAGCAGGCGGGAAUGAUUUUGAUUUCACGGCUGUGGACGCCGAUAAUUCUUUUUCGUUCGGUACUGAUUUGAAUUCCAUAGUCCUAGACGCCUCCAGUAUACAUGGUGACAAAGCCAAAGGUGACGGCGGCAUCAUGGCAGGUGUUGAUCUCGAAGCUUUGGAUGCCCAAAUUGAAAAGAUAGCAGCUGGUGACCUGGAUUCAAUUCUGGAUGAGUUGAAAGGAUAUCACGACAUGACAGAUAAUGAUAGCGAAUCGCCGGAGAAUGGAGGUCCCAUCUUUAAAAGCUCCGGGUUUGAUUUCAGCAGCGAUUCUAAGCUCAGCAAGUACGAAACGUUCAUAAAGAAACUAGAAGCCAUGCAUGGGGUAACGCCCACUGACGAGUCAAAAGAAGCGCAAUCGGUCUUUGGAGAGAAUACUGCUGGAGGCAAUUUCGACAUGUUUGGAGGGGCAGCGAUCACUGGUCUAGAUUUCGGGUCGAAGACGAAAAAGGGUCCCAGCCUCGUUGAACUGACCAGUCGAGCUCAAUACUUAAAGGAUACAUUCCACAAAGAUGUAUGCACCACCAAUCCCUGCAAGAAUUCAGGUGUGUGUUCCCUUGAUGGGGCAUCUUACACGUGCAAGUGUACUAAAGGAUACAUGGGGAAGAAAUGUGAAGAUACCGACCACUGUGCAAACAGUCCUUGCGUCAAUGGAGAAUGUGUUUCUACCAAAUCGAGCUACACAUGUAAUUGUCAGGCAGGUUACCAAGGAGACAGGUGUCAGACAGCUAUCAAUUACUGCGCAAACGAUCCGUGCAAGAAUGGAAAGUGCAUAUCUGGAACAACCGGCUACCACUGCCAGUGUUCACCUGGUUACCAGGGAACCCACUGUGAAACGGCUACCAACUACUGUGAAAGCAAUCCAUGUGUGAACGGAGACUGUGCUUCUAGCACGUCUGGGUACACGUGUACCUGUUACAGCGGUUACCAAGGUGACCGAUGUGAAAAAGCUACCAACUACUGUGAAAGCAAUCCAUGUGUGAACGGAGACUGUGAUUCUAGCACGUCUGGGUACACGUGUACCUGUUACAGCGGUUACCAAGGUGACCGAUGUGAAAAAGCUACCAACUACUGUGCAAGCAAUCCAUGUGUGAACGGAGACUGUGAUUCUAGCACGUCUGGGUACACGUGUACCUGCUACAGCGGUUACCAAGGUGACCGAUGUGAAAAAGAUGAAGUGUUUACGAGUUGCAAAGAACUACAUAACAAGUAUCCAAAGGCAGAAGAUGGAGAAUAUUGGCUGUCUCCAGCGCCGUUUAAUGGGAGGAAAGUGAAAAUCUUCUGUCUUGGCAUGGCUACGGGACCUAUGGAAUUUGUGACACUAAAAGCAUUCAAUCGAGGCAACUAUCCCAAUCUGAGUUUCCUCAACUGUCAGGACGCAAAUAGCAAGCAGAGAAACAACCGUGCGAAACUAGAAGGAUCAUAUGUGUUUUCCAAAGUCCGAGUCAACAUCAAGACUAUGGUGCUGGACGUAAACGACUACAUAUUCGCAACCACCACUGGUGUAAAGAGGCCAUAUGGUACGGCGGCGGACUGCUACUCCAUCCACUACGGUGGCGGUCUGGCCAAAUGUGGAACAAAGGGAUACUUUGACAUAGAUACAUCUGGAACAGGCAUGAUCAUCAGGGAAUCGACACGGUGGAAGGCAACAGGGUGGAAUCCCAUCGCAAUUGUAAAGAAAUCAAUGGACUACUACAAGAUACGUCUGGAAUGUGGGGGAUGGUGCGGGGGAUGCGAGCCAACUAGUCCGCUCAUGCUCGAAUACAAAGAACACGUACCAGACGGGCAAUGGGAAGGCCAACCCUCGAGUUGCGUUGAUCUCAAGAAGAGGGGGAAAACACACGAUGGACAGUAUUUGGUUUGGCCGCGAAUCCUCGAUGGUUGGGAAGUCAACGUUUACUGCCAUCUCAUGAAUACCAAAGCCCCCAAAGAAUACAUAACUCUGAAACACACAAAUAGGGGAGAACACCCGAACAUUGAAACUGUAAACUGUAAAUACGACACUGUAUCUAGAUACGCCAAGUUAUCAGGCAAAACAUCGUUUUAUAAAGUGCGAAUAAUCAUCGAGACAAUGGUUGUUGUCUCGGAUGAUUACACGUUUGCGAAAACUACCGGCUACAAGGCAAUACCUUUUGGUCACGCCAGCGACGCAUACAAUUGGCAUAGGGAUCUGAAGAAAUCAAAGUGUGGACCAGUCGGCAAGUUUGUCAUCGAUAUGCGCGGAACAGGACUGAAGGUUGACGACAACCUUUCUUGGCUUCCAUUGGGAUCUUUACAAUACGGAUCAUGGUUCAGGUCGAAUGAUAAUGCUGUAGUGCACAUCAAUUGUGGUGGUUUUCCGGGUAGCUGCAAACCAAUAGAGCUGAUGACGCUUGUCCCAAACCCAAAGGAUGUUAAAUAGUAAUACCGCUGAAGAUUGCAAGGCAGCUUGUCAGUCUUCAAAACAAGUACCACGUUCUGACCAACUGGUGCAAGAAAACUGCAUCUCCGAUUAACCGACGACGACUACGUAAAGUGUGACAACAAAAUAAUAAAAUAAAUACAAAAAACAGUUAAUAAAACACACCGAAGACUGGGAUUUCAUUCAAUACAGUUAUGUCAUAAUAAAUAACAUUCUUUAAUUUGUAUAAACAAUCGAUGUCCAAAGUGCAUCAUUUAUAAAAUAAAGAUUGCGAUGGUAA